ACUGUACCUCAGUUCUGGAAUCAGGGUAGCUUCAAGUUGUUAUUUUCCGCAGAGUGAAUUCACUCCCGGGCAUCAUGAUACGUCAUCCUUCUGCGUACUAUGUGUAAUAUUGCUCAAGGCUGCUAUUGUCUGAAGAGUUUUCUGCCGAGUGUGAAGCAUGUGGGAGAAAGUACUUAUCUAAGACUUCGCAAUCAACUGACAUGACCGUCACAUAUGUCCGGUUGUCGUCCCUACCUAGGAACGCCAUGGAGAAGAGACAUGUAUCUGAUGGUGACAUCCUUCUAUUCCUCUCGACUGACAGUCACUGGGUUGAUAUUGCAUAGCAUUGCUAUACUAUGCACUGUCUUCAGGCUCGUUUACAGAGGCUGGACGCGCCAAUUCUGGUGGGAAGAUUUAUGGGCGGUAUUUGCACUGAUAUCAGACGUUGUUUGCCUGGCGUGGAUCUGGCUCCAGGGAUCAAUGAGUUUCCCAACGUGGACCCGCACAGUGGCUCUCACCUCCGUCCUGUGGACUGCACGCAUGAGCAUUAUUUUCUCCAUUAUCCGAGUCACCAAUCACUCAGGCCGCAAGGUUCACCGACUAAUAACAUAUCUCAUAGCUGUAUCCUUCGCGUGCAUGUGGGCCGCGCUGCUUGUUCAGAAGAUCCACAUGUGUAUUUUCCAUUCCUGCCACAUGGGCAAGUUGGUGGCACUCUCACAACUGAUCACGGAUGUUAUCGCAGAUGUUUCUCUCAUUGCUGCACCGAUGCAGCUUUGGAAAAAUGUCGGGUUCUCACGUAGCAGAAGAAUAUUGGUCCUCUCCGCAUUCGGUGCAUCGUUACUAAUAACCGCCAUCACAAUCCCCCACUCUAUAAUCCUCUUCAUGCCCGGCACACAAACUACGCUCAUCUUGGCGCACGUAAAGGCCGCUCUCAGUCUCAUCAUCUGCAACAUCUUAGUGAUUGUUACCUUCAUGUACCGCGUGUGCUCGAAGGAAAUAUUCGAUCUCGAUCAGUCCCCUGGACUCUUCUCGAGCGUUGUCAUGACGCAGGACUUUAGCACAGACGCAAGGACAUCACUUUCUGUACCAGAGGGCACGACUUCGGGACAGAUGAUGGUGCAGACCGGGGUAAGAAAGUCGAAGAUGGGAGAUGUAAGAGUCUUUGAUACCGGAGAUGGCUGGAGCUUUGAAGGAUGAUGAAGAUAUUGUUCACCGGGAAGUUGCAGCACACGCAAUUCG